ACUCCUGUCUGUCUGAAACAUCUAAAUAGUGUUGGUGUUAAUUUGAAUUUCACACUUUCAGCAAUAAAUGUUAAAAACAUUUGGAAAUUCUGUUCAGGAAGUAUUUUUCUUCAAAAUAGAAAGUCUGCUUUUGCUACUACUAAACCAUAAAUGCCAGGAUAGUCAAUGAUAGUUAAUACUUUGAACUAAAUGGGAGAUAACUCUUCAUUCAUAUACAGCAGAUAGGAUAAAUGUUGAGCAGACGACACCAAUGAAAAAUGGCUGAAAAUAGACUGAUUUCCUACUUGUUCCUGAGUCUGGUAAUCAACACUAUAUACAGCAAAAGUAACCAAAUUAGCAACAGCCAUGACCCCUAUUGUAAACAUUGUUGCCAGGGACAACCUGGUUUACAGGGUACACCUGGUACCCCUGGAAUAAAUGGAAUCCACGGAACUAAUGGGCUACCAGGGCAAAAAGGUCUUAAAGGAGAUGAUGGGAGGCCUGGGCCACAGGGCCCUCCUGGAAGAACUGGUCCUCAAGGGCCCACUGGAGCUCGUGGGAUCAGAGGUAAAAAGGGACAUAAAGGGCAUCCUGGUGACAAAGGAGUCCAAGGAGAUAAAGGAGAGAUAGGACUGAUGGGACAUGUGGGGCAUAAAGGACAUAAAGGUGACCCAGCUAAGUCUCCGGCCAAAGUCGCUUUCUCUGUCUGCCGAACAUCACCACUUGGUCCCGUCAUGGAAGAUACAACUAUAAUUUUUGAUAACAUUUUUACAAAUAUCGCUGAAAGUUUUGACACAUACUCUUCCCAUUUCAUCUGCAAAGUGAACGGCACAUAUCUUUUCUCUGUUCAUCUCCUUAGCAACAAUAUCAAUGAUGCAUACGCAUGGCUGAUGGUCAAUGGAAAACACAAAGUGCCGAUUCAUGGAGAUCAUAGGUCAGGAUAUGGAACAGGAAGUAAUACCAUAAUUCUCUCCCUUUAUGAAGAGGACCAUGUGUGGAUACAGCUCAUUAAGAACUCGUCACUUCUGAACGAUUUUUCUACUUUUUCAGGAUAUUUACUUUUUGAGCACUAACUGAUUAUUCGUCAUAUCCAGCAUGUCAUAUCACUCUUUUUGUACAUUUGUAAUAUAGUUUCUGCUGAACUCGUCAAGUAGGAAUUUUGAAUAAUUUUCACCCUACAUCAUUUUGUAUUGAUCACAAUUAGGUAUGUAAUUAAAGAGA